GUAACUAAGUAACCAUGUAAACACUAGCUCAAGUAGAUGACAAUGCGGAAGGGUUUGACCUCAAAAACUACCAGUGGCAAACUUGCCAUAAACUCAGUUGCUCUUCAAGACCAUAUUUCAAGAAACUUGCUCCUCCAGAACCUGUCAUUGUGUGACCCUGUUAAAUCAAAGCGUCUCAGGAAAACAUUGACUGAGACCCGUUGCAAAAAACUAUGUGACAGUGGCAUGAAAGCAAAAUGUUCCCAGCAACAAGGAGCAGAGGAGAUAGAGUAUGUGCUUGAUCCAGCACGACCAGCACUCACAUUAGCUCAGAAACUGGGUUUGGUGGACGCCCCAGCCCAGAGGCUGACAGUGGAUGAGUGGAGCCGGGUCAAGGCAAGGUCUGUUUCUGAGGGCGACUCGGCUCAGCCCUGUGUGAUCUGCCGGGAGGAGUUCCGCCUGCAAGCCCAGGUUCUGUUGUCCUGCUCCCACGUGUUCCACCGGGCGUGUCUGCAGGCCUUCGAGAGGUUCUCAGGCAGGAAAUGCUGCCCCAUGUGCAGGAAGGCACAGUACGAGACGAGGGUGAUCCAUGAUGGAGCCCGCCUCUUCAGGGAGCGCUGCGCCACCAGAAUCCAAACUUGUUGGAGGGGCUAUGUUGCCAGGAAGUGGUACAGAAACGUGAGGAAAACCAUCCCCCCAAAAGAUAAACAUUUACGGCGAAGAUACUUUGAGGAAAAGCUGCGGGAGCUGAACGACAGCUUCGUCCAGUCCUGCCACACCGACAUUGAGGAUUUCCUAAGCCAGAUCGAUCAGUCGGUGACGGCGUGCAGGAGAGUGUUUGGUCGUUUUGAGAGAGAGAACCUCUCGGAGGUUCACGAGGAGGAGUGGAUGAGGAUACUGAACAAGGUCAUCCAAAGAGACAUCAGGGACUGUUCCAUCUGCCUCACCCCACUUUGCAGCCCCAAGCUGGGGAUGGUGGCCAGCAUCACCACUCCUCCAGGGAGGAGACGUAGCGUGCUCCUCUCCUGCUCUCAUCUCUUCCACCAGCCGUGUCUGGAGGCCUUUGAGUCCUUCUGCCUGGAAGAGACGCCCACCUGCCCCAUGUGUAGGUCUCACUACCACAAACGCCUUGUCUGAAAAGACCACUAGAGUUCUGAUACCCUAUGAUGAUAAUAGGUUGUGUGUGUGUCAUGUUUACAUGAUGAGACAGUCAGUUUAUGUAAUUAAAGCUUAU